GCGGCCAGCGGCGCAAGAUGGCCCAGGAGAACCCCAAGAUGCACAACUCGGAGAUCAGCAAGCGCCUGGGCGCCGAGUGGAAGCUGCUCUCCGAGGCGGAGAAGCGCCCCUACAUCGACGAAGCCAAGAGGCUGCGGGCGCAGCACAUGAAGGAGCAUCCCGACUACAAGUACAGACCCCGGCGCAAGCCCAAGAACCUGCUCAAAAAGGACAGGUAUGUCUUCCCUUUGCCUUACCUCGGGGAAACCGAUCCUUUAAAGGCCGCCGGGCUUCCCGUGGGGGCCACUGACUCUCUGCUGAGCUCCCCGGAGAAGGCCAGGGCUUUCCUGCCCCCCACCUCAGCACCUUACUCCUUACUUGACCCCAGCCAGUUCAGCUCCAGCGCCAUUCAGAAGAUGACUGAGGUUCCUCACACCUUAGCCACCAGCACCCUGCCCUACGCCUCCACCUUGGGAUACCAGAACGGGGCGUUUGGCAGCUUGAGCUGUCCCAGUCAACACACCCAUACUCACCCCUCGCCAACUAACCCGGGCUAUGUCGUGCCAUGUAACUGUACGGCUUGGUCGGCAUCCAGUUUGCAGCCUCCAGUUGCCUACAUAUUAUUCCCAGGCAUGACCAAGACUGGGAUAGACCCCUAUUCUUCAGCACAUGCGACUGCUAUGUAACACCC